AUGGACCUCUUCAAGAUCUUGGACACCACGCCAGAACCACCAAUCGUCAAUUUGAAUACCUCGCUGGACACUUCGGGGGACUACUGGCUAGCUGUGCCUAUGAAUGAAUACCAAAAAGAACUGACUGACCAAGUUGUUUCAUUACAUUAUUCUGAUAUUUUGAAAUAUUUUGAAACUGAUGAUAAAGAUAGAGUACUGUUGGACUCAUUAGAACUACUAUAUUUGAAUUCCCAAUUGGUGGCUACACAUCCAUAUCUAUUAAUCAAUCAUUAUUUACCCAAAAAUUUAACUUCAAAGGAUAUACCUUUCAAUCUUUGUGAAACUAGUGGGAAAUUCCAAGUAUUAAGAGAUGUUAUAACCCUUGUGGAGGAAACAAAGCUAAAUAUUGCCAUUGUGGCAAGAUCUGGAAAAUUAUUGGAUUUAAUUGAAGCUUUAUUAUUAGGUUGUAAAACAAAUAUCAAAAGACAUUAUGGUAAUUAUAUUAAAGAUCCUGCUAAAGCCAAACAAAGAGAUUUAACAUGUCAUAUAAUACCAUCAGAUGUUGACAUAGAUAUUAAAGAUAAAUUUGAUUUAGUUUUUUCUCUUGAUAUCACCUCACAAAAUGAUUUCCUAAAUUCAUUGAAAGCAGAUCCUAAAUCACCAAUCUUAAGAUUUGUUAGUGCAAAUUCAAUUGAUCACGUUGCCCUAUAUUUCCGUCAAUUCCCUAAAGAAAGGUAUGAUUAUUUAGUUGAUGUUACAGCUGCCAUUGUGGUAUUAAGAGAUCGUGUAGGGAUUUUACCACCAGAUUUAAGACCAAUUUAUACCAAAAAAUUAACUUAUUUGAAAGAUUGGUUUAAAGAUUUUAAAAAUAAUCCAUGGCCAUUACCUGAAUUAUCACCAAUUAAAAAAUAUGAUUCAGAAGAUGUGGAAAAAUCUUUAUUAUCAGAAGUUUAUCAUGAAAAACAAUUUGAUCAAUUAACCCCCAAAUUUAAAUCUUAUUAUGAAACCAAAAGAUUAAAUCGUGAUUAUACUUCAAAUCCCUUGAAAGAUGUUACAUUUGGUAUCCUUAGUGUUAAUUCUAACUAUACUGAAACUUUAACACAUAAAUUAAUUCAAGAAUUUAAUGUUUUACAUAAUAAAUUAGCAAUUCAAUGUAAAGAAUUUGAACAUUUUGAACAAUUUCAAUCAAAUGAAAAAAAUUAUUUACUUAAUGAUGAAAGUAAAUUAAUAACUGAAUUGGAUCAUGUUAAAACAAGAAUAAAUACAGCAAAUAAUAAAUCUUCAAAAUUAAUAAACAAGAUUGAAGAAUCUAAAAACAAUGUUUUGGAUUUAGAAAAUAAAGUUGAAAAUUUACAAACUAAACAUGAAAAAUUAACCAGAAUUGAAAAUUUAAAAAAUGAAAUACUUAGAGAGGAACAAAAAAAGAAAAGCACAAUAGUGGAAAAUGAUUAUAUGUUAAAAGAAAUAAACACAGCUAAAAAUUCCAUAAUAGAAUCAAAUAAAAAUAUUGAAGAUUUUAAGAAAUCAAUCUUAUCAAAUGAAACUAAAUUAGAUGAAUUAUUUAAAGAUGUUCAAAAUACACCAAUUGAAUCUGAAGAUCUAACAAAAUUACAAGAACAAACAAAAAACAUAAAAUUAAAAAUUGAAGAAAAUUUAAAAAAAUUAAAUACAGGAAGAGGUAGAAAUUCUGAUCAUAGAAGAAAUAGCCCGAGUGUUAAAUAA